AUGGUUGAUGCUCUUUAUUCACUUGUGGAUGUCAAUGAACGAUUGAAUCAAUUAGUAUUUGAUCCAUUUAAUAUUUCUAAUCUUGAUAUGACAAUGAAAUCAUCGUCGGAUGAUACUUCUUCAAUAUCUGAUCAAGUUCUUGAUCGAAUUUGUAAAAAUGUCUUACCUCAAAUUCACCGACAUGUCAAUAAACUUAUUGUUGAACCACAUUCAUUGAAAUAUAUUCUUCGUAAUUUCAAUACUUAUCCUCAACUUUUCUCGUUAUCAUUUAAUAAUUUUCAAGAAAAAAUACUUUAUCAAUAUUUAACAGUUGAUUCAAAUCUUCAUCAUCUUCUCACAGAACAAAUCACACAUCUUAGUGUUCGUAUUCAAAAUGAAAUAAUAGCAACAUUUUUUGAAACUUUAUCAGAUGUAUUCGUAUUGAUUUUAUCUUCAUGUAAACGAUUAGUCAGUUUGGAUUUUUUUCAAUUAUUUCCUGAUCAAAUGUGGUCAAGUAAUAUUUUUGCUUUCCCAUCAACAAGUUUUACGUCUUUAAUUUUAACUCAAUUGAAAAUUAAUGUCAAAACUUUUCAUGCUUGUCUUUAUCUUCUUGAUCGACAUCUGCCUAUUUUAUCGGCCUUGAUUAUUAAUGUGUUAAAGAUUUCUUGUGCAUUAUCAAAUAUAGAUAAAAUGAAAAAACUUCCCAAAUUGAAAUAUUUUUCAUUGACUUCACUUGAUUAUACAUGUAACUAUGAUGAUGAAAUUAUUCCAUUACUCCAUCGUAUGAUAAAUCUUGAAGAAUUGAUGUCAUAUUUAGCGAUAAUAAGAGUUGACUUACCUUAUAUUGAUGGUGCACAUUUAUAUGAAGAUAUUCAAAUCCAUAUGCCACGAUUAAACAAAUUAACUUUUAGUAUAAAUACAGCUGUUGUCAAAAUCAACAUUAGCAUUAAUUUUCCAUCAAAUGAAGAUAUUCAACGUAGUUUUAUCGAAAGAGGAUAUCAACAAGUUGGUUCAGAUGUCGAUUCUACAGUAACAGAAGGUGAAGGUAGAUGCCAUGUUUAUUCACUUCCAUAUCAAUUCGAAACUUUUCUUCAUCUUAACAAUUCUUUUCAAGGUGGCAUGUUUAAUAAAGUUCGGCACGUAACUAUGACUGAUGACCGUCCUUUUGAACAUAAAUUUUUUUAA